AUGUUGAGGUUUUUUAAAGCAAAUAGGAGGAUAAAGCUUCCCCUUAUAGCCGAAGCUUAUUUUACAUUAAGAAUUGUUUUUGGUUUAGAAAGAAUAUUAGAAAUCAAUAUAUCAAAAGUUAAUGGUAAAAGCUUCAAGGAUUAUUAUUAUACUAAUAAAAAAAUUAUUUUAAAGAAUCAAUGA